ACAAUGAAGCUCACAGCAUCCUUCCUCGCUCUCGCAGGCUCCCUGGCGCUUUUAGCUGAAGGUGCUUCCAUCGAGCCUCGCCUCGCUGGUCGCUUGAAAUAUCCGCAACCUAGCGUCGAUCCUUUCUACAGAGUCCCUAGCAACGUUGCAUCCUACGCCAAUGGCGCUAUUAUUCGCGAGCGUGACGUCACAGCAGAUGUCGCGCUAGGUGUCGACUCAAACCAGUACUCCAAGGUGUACCAGCUGCUGUAUCGCUCUCAGACCGGUCUCGGAGCACCAGAUGCGACCGUUACGACCGUGUUCCGGCCCAAAUCUCCCAAAAAGGGCGCAGCGCAGGUCGUGACGUUUGCGGCUUUCACCGAUUCUGCUGCCAAGGAUUGUGCGAGCUCCUAUGCGCUGAUCAAAGAUUCCGGCAGCCAGCAAGACACGAUCGUCAAAUUACAGACCCCCUUCAUCAACGCGCUCCUGCAGAAGGGAUACUAUGUAUCCGUCCCUGAUUACCAAGGCUCGCAGGCAGCGUUCAUUGUGGGCCCUCAAGAAGGUCGGGCCCAUCUCGACUCCACGCGCGCCAUCCUCAACCAUCGGCCCACUAUCGCCGAUCCUACAGGCCACCAGGCAAUUCUGUCCGGCUACAGUGGUGGUGGUCAUGCUGCAGCCUGGGCUGCCCAGCUGCGCAAAGAGUACGCGCCCGAGAUCAACGUUGUUGGAGGCUCAUUUGGUGGCGUCCCAGUAGACCUCAAAGCGACGCUGCUGAACCUCAACAAUGGCGCGUUCGCUGGCUUCGGCAUGGCCGGUCUCGCUGGAGCGGCCAAUGCUUAUCCAGAACUUGUGACUCUUUUCGACGGAGAACUGAAGCCGAACGGCACCGAAGCCUUCAAGUUCCUCCGAUCUGACCAGGGUUGCGUCGUCGGCGAGCUAGCCAAAUUUGCCGGCGUCGACUACUUUGGCUACAUCAAAUCUGGGCAGGCGCUUCUGGACGACCCUACGGCCAAAAAAUACUUCGAAAUCAAUCGUUUGGGUUCUCGUGGUGCUCAAGACUAUCUGGGCUCCGACAUUCCUUACUACAUUUAUCAUGCCAAGAACGAUCAGGUCAUUCCAAGACCUCCGGUUGACGAGUACGUAGCUUUGCAGUGCGCACAGGGGGCGCGCAUCGAAUACUCUCUCAACCCAGUCUCCGAACAUGUAAGCGAGACGGUGGCUGGGGUUGCUGGCCAGGUCGAUUGGAUUAACAAGGUGUUCGAAAGCAAGCUGGUGCAGCCCGCUUGCCUCAAUUCCACCCACUGAAGCUUCUGACGGCCGGACGGAUCCAUCUCCAUCGUAACGUGUUCAGCUCCAAUGUUUUCUUUGCUCGCCGCUGUCAUCGUAGUUCGCCGAUUCACUCCUCGUUCGCUAUCGAACCCACUAUUUCUUCCUCGCUGCACCAUUCUCACUCCUUGCGCUUCCUUGCUACCGAUACCCAUACCCAUACCC